CCGGAGCCGUCACCGAGUCAGAAGGUCAGUUUGAAAGAGAGAGUCUUCUCGUCUCCACGGAGCUCCGGAACCAAAGGGAAGAGUUCUCCUCAGCACGUGGUUCCUCCGGGCAGUGUGGCUCCCGGCGUGGCAGUGGGCCCCAGCACCCCGGGGGGCGUCCAGGCGCUGCGUCGGUCUCCCAGUAUGGAGCCCAGUCUGGAUGACAGUCCCAGUAAGGUUCCAAAGAGCUGGAGCUUUGGGGAACGCAGCCGGACCCGGCAGGCCUUCAGGAUCCGAGGAGCAGCGUCCCGCCAGAACUCUGAAGAUGCCAGCCUGCCAGGUGAAGACAUGGCGGACGACAACAAGAGCUGCCACUGCGAAUUCGUCCCUCAGGACCUGACGCCGGGGUUAAAGGUCACCAUCAGGGCCAUCUGCAUCAUGCGCUUCAUGGUGUCCAAGAGGAAGUUCAAGGAGAGCCUCCGUCCCUACGACGUCAUGGACGUGAUCGAGCAGUACUCGGCUGGACACCUGGACAUGCUGGCCCGCAUCAAGAACCUCCAGGCCCGGGUGGAUCAGAUCGUGGGAAGAGGAACCCCCAUUGCAGACAAGGACCGUCCCAAAUCAGGUGGCGAGGAGAUACCUGAAGACCCGAGCAUGAUGGGACGUCUGGGGAAGGUGGAGAAGCAGGUCCUGUCAAUGGAGAGGAAGCUGGACUUUCUGGUGAACAUCUACAUUCAGAGAAUGGGAAUCCCUCAGGCAGAGACGGAUGCCUAUUUUGGGUCGAAGGAACCGGACCCGGCACCGCCGUACCACAGUCCAGUGGACCUGCAGGAGAAGAACCAAACCCUCUCCAAGAUCCUGCAGGUGUUGCCUGGCGACCACAUGGAGAGGACCCGCUUUGUGACCAAGAUGGUCCGCUCCAGCAGCUCCACCGGACACAGGAACUACGCCGCCCCCACCUGCCCGCCCUCCACCUCCUGGCAGCCAAUCAGCUCCCAGCUCCACCAGCAGGCCCCUCCCCCUCCACAGCGUAGCCAUGGCAACACCCCGAGCCCGGUGGGCGACGCUUCGCUGGUCCGCCUCCCCCCACCUCCAGCAGGGGAGAGACACGGCGGGAACCGACCCAGUCGGCACGGCGGCGGGGAGCGGGCCGGGACGGAGCGGAACGGGGACGAGGCGAAGCUCGACAGCGACACCUCGGUGUCCAUCCCGUCGGUGGACCAUGAGGAGCUGGAGCGCUCCUUCAGCGGUUUCUCCAUCUCCCAGUCCCGGGAGAACCUGGACUUCCUGAACAACGGGUUCUACCCGUCCGCCGGGCCGGGGGAGCAGCCGGCCGGCGGCAGCAGCGGAGGCUCCGUUCACCGCGCCGCCCGCCGGCCCUACAUCGCCCAGGGGGAGUCCGACUCCGACUCCGAGCUGUGCGCCCCCUCUCCGCACUCGGACCGGGCCUGGACCGGCACCAAGUAGGGCCGACCCGAAGCCGAACCAGCAGAACCCCUUUUUUAAACUCAGACCCGUCACUUAAACACCAGCUGUGGGCGAAGCUUUAUGCGGAAAUAGAUGGACUGAUGUCACCAUUUAUACAGCGAAUGCUUGCCACGCUCGCACCUGAUUGGUUCCCACUGACCAAUCAGACUCACUGUUUCCACAACAUCUGCUUGACCGAAUGACACGUGAGGAUAGCAGUUACCAUGGCAACCACAUUGUCCACCCACUGACCCGCCCAGAAUCCGGGUCGGUUCGGUUUUAAAUCAGAACCUCAGGUUCAGACAUAAACACAGAACUUAUUUCUAAUUUUCUGCUUUUUUUUCUGAAACUUUUUGUCUCCUGGUUUGGAUCUCCAGCACAAACCCUCCAGGUACCUUCAGGAGCCGCCACCAGAACCAGAAGCGGACCUCUCCUGGUUCCCUUUGAUGAAGCUGAUCAGAACAUGUCCGUCUCUUUGGUUCUGGUUCAAUUUACAAUUAAAUAACCCUGAAUGUUGACCCUCAGCGUUCUUCUGUUCUGUCCGGUCAGAUUCUGGUACUGGAUUUCCGGGACGACUCCAGUUUGGUUCUGAGAACUUCUGUAUCUGACCUUUGACCUCAUGGGGAUCUCCAGCAGGUCUGAGGGCUGAAAGGGCCGAUUAAUAAAAUCCCGUUAAAAUAAACAUGUCUUCAUUCCUUCAACCUGAUCAGUCCCUCCAGGAUUUCAUGAUUGUUUUUGUGGAAGUAAUUUAGAAAUAUUUGAAGAAAUUUUGCAGUGACUGUGACUUUGCUGCUCACCAUAUCAACUAUAAAUUCACCAACAUAUAAAUGCAGUACUAAAACACACUGCCUCCUGCAGGUUGGCAACAAUUAACCUAAAUUUUUCGACAUCCACCGCAAAAAACUCAAUUAGUGCCAAAAAAUGAGGAUCUGUAGGUUUUCACAAAAUUAGAAUAAUGAAAAACUAGAGGGACUUACUGAUGUGAUUUGACACACUGAUAAAAACUGCUUUGGUUCAUAUGAUAAACUUAUCUUGAAGGCUCUGUUUAUGCGUUGCUCUGGCCGGAUUUGGCCGCCGGACUUUCAGUUUGACACAAAAUGUUUUAAAAUGUGUUCACAUCUAAUCCACAAAGAAUGAAACCAAUGACAGAAAUAUUAUUUUAUAAAGUUUGUUUUAACAGGUAGAAAAAUAUUUGGUUUGCUGUCAAAAAACAAUAAAAAAAGUACACACACACACACACAGAGAGCAUCAAUGCAUUCAAACUUGGAAAAAGCUCUCUCGGGCACAAGGAAGUGAAAAA